UUCAAAACCCAUCUCUUUCUCCUUUCUCUCCUAAAUCCGCAUCAGCUGAGAAUUCUGAGUCCCACGGCUUGGGAUUCGAUUCAACCAUUUUCCGAUCUCGAAACUCUCUCAUAGGGUUUCUCCUUCUCUCAGAUCUUAGCUCUCCUCCACCUCUCUAAUGGCGAUGAGAGGUGUCGAUUUCAAGUGGUACGAUGGGUUCUUCUUGUCGAUGCUUGCCACCAGUGUAAUCAUUGUUGCUUUCAAUUGGAAGAAGUAUAGUGCCUGCGAUUACCCUUUGCAUAUUUGGAUUGUGGUCGAUUACACCACCGUCUUUAUCUUCCGCGUCUUUAUGUUUGUUGACAAUGGUCUUGCUGCUGGCCUUGGCUUGGAUUUUGGAAGUCAACAACGAAACAUUGGGUUUUGUGGGAGAGUGGUGGUGCUAUCCGUCCUAUCUCUGCUGCUGUAUCCAUUUCUGUGGGCUUGGACUGUUAUCGGUACUAUAUGGUUUACAAGGGCAAAAAGCUGUUUACCUGAAGAUGGCCAAAAAUGGGGUUUCCUCAUAUGGCUGAUGUUCAGCUACUGUGGCCUCCUCUGCAUUGCUUGCAUCUGUGUCGGAAAGUGGCUGGCGCGAAGAAAGGUGCACUCACUACGUGCGCAGCAGGGAAUUCCGAGUUCAGAGUUUGGUAUUGUGGUUGACAUGAUCAGGGUACCGGACUGGGCUUUUGAAGCGGCAGGCCAAGAGAUGAGAAGCAUGAGUCAAGAUGCUGCUACUUACCAUCCUGGACUUUACUUGACUCCAGCUCAGACAGAAGCUGUUGAGGCACUCAUUCAAGAACUUCCAAAGUUCAGGCUAAAAGCUGUCCCAGAUGAUUGCGGCGAAUGCUUAAUCUGCUUAGAGGAGUUCCAAAUUGGGCAUGAGGUUAGAGGAUUACCUUGCGCCCAUAAUUUCCAUGUGGAGUGCAUAGACCAGUGGCUGCGUUUGAACGUCAAAUGUCCUCGGUGCCGGAGCUCGGUCUUUCCAGAUCUUGAUCUCAGCGCAUUAUCCAACCUCCAGAGCUCAGAAGCACAACAGCCCUCCUCACAAGGGAACACACAAGCUCGGUACAUAAGAAGCCAACCACAAAGCGAGAGCUAUUUCUUGAGACUUCAACCCGUAAUUCACCCUGUCCACACAGACAUAGCUCUGGAGACUGCAGAGAAUGUUGGAGUUCCUCCUGUCUUGGCCGGUGGAUCUCUGUCUACGAGAUGAGAAAAAUAAGUUUGAGUCUGAAAAUUUUACCAUUUACUAACUCUUUGACUGAUUGAAGGGUGUAGAAAAAAAAAUAAACAUUUGGAGUCUACCCCGAUCCCCUUGAAAAGUUUUCACCUUUGAGGCUUUGACAGUCUUGCAAUGUAAAUAAAUUGUGGUUGAAAAAAGGAAAACAUCUUGGGGGGCUUUACAUUUUUUAAGAAUGAAUAAUUGUUUGUUCAGACUCUU